AUGAUAGCAGAUAGACUUUUAAUUGAUUAUUUAGUCAGAUAUUAUGAGCGGAUUUAUGCUAAUAUUGGAUACACAUUUUAUUCUGGAGUUGAACGACAAAAUAAUAAUUCAAUAUUUAUAUUAUCUACAAUGAUACAUGCAUCUGCUCUUCGCAUUGCUGAUGAACGAUUUAGAUCACAAUUAUGGCAUGCAGAACAUAUAUUAGCUUUUGGUGAUUGGUAUGGAAAGCAUAAUAAAAAAGAUCAUUUUAAUAUUCCGCAAUGUAAAAUACUUGAUGGAGCUGUACAAAAUGGCAUGAAGCAUGUCAAAUUAUGGCAAUCUUUGAUCAAAAAGAUUUCACAUGAAAGUAUUAUACCAGUUUAA